AUGGAGAAGAGGAGAAUAAAGGCUUUUAGCAUGAAGAAUUCUGUUCUUCUCCUAAUUGUUCUCCUUCUAACAUACUCUUUAGACAUUGAAGCUCAGCAAUGUCGUCCAAGUGGCCGAAUUAGGGGCAGGAAGCCUCCUUCUGACCAGUGCAACCAAGAAAAUGAUUCAGAUUGCUGUAAAGACGGCAAGUACUACACAACUUACAAAUGUUCACCAGAGGUGACUAGCUACACCAAAGCCUUCCUCACUCUCAAUAGCUUUGAGGCAGGUGGAGAUGGUGGCGGUCCAUCAGAAUGUGACAAGCAGUAUCACUCUGAUGACACACCAAUUGUUGCAUUAUCCACUGGAUGGUUUAAUCAUAAGAGUAAGUGCCAUAAAAACAUCACCAUAACAGCAAAUGGGCAUAGUGUUGCAGCCAUGGUUGUCGACGAGUGUGACUCAACUAUGGGAUGUGAUCAAGUCCAUGAUUAUCAGCCACCUUGUGAUAACAACAUUGUUGAUGCUUCAAAGGCAGUGUGGAAAGCUUUGGGCGUGCCGAAAGAUGAUUGGGGUUGGCUUGAAAUUACAUGGACUGAUGCUUAG